AUGAUACCUCAUUUUAACUUACGGAUAGUGACACUUAUAUUUCUAUAUUUAUCAAAAAAAUUAAAUUCAACAAACAUAUCCAAUGAAACAGAAACAAUGUUGAUUAAUAAUUCAACAGUGGCUACGCCCAUAACAAUUUGUAACAAACGUUCAUCGACUGAAUUGAAAAAUCCAUUUAGACCAUCCGGACUACGGUUUGGAUUCGGUACCAUUAAUCAGAUCCAGCCUUCUUCGACGCUAUCAGGAGGAUUACAACUUUCAGAUGAUGCUCCACUCGGACUUUCCGUUGGUGGCAGUAAAGAUAUAAAUAUUUUUCGACAAAAUAUUCGUAAUAAAUAUUUACCAGUUGUUACAGAUUUAACGUAUGAAGGUUUAUUCUAUGAUUAUUUUUUUCAUACUAGUAAUAGUGAUAAUAAUCAAUCUGUAUGUCAAAAUUUAUUUUGUCCAACAUAUUCGAUGGCCACCGUGUACAACAAUUCAUUUUCAGAACCAAGUAAGUAAUGUUGACACAUUAUAGUCAAACAUGAGGUUUUUCGGCACCGUAUUUCUCUGACUAUUCAGAAAUUUCAAACCCAAGAUCUUGAAUGAAAGAUUCGAAGAUUUUGGGUAUAAGAAGUUUUACUAGGGAUCGUUUAAAACCAUUUGCUUAUACUCAACACAGCACGCUUUAUCGAGUAAAAUUACUUUUAGAAGUAUUACAGGGCAUGAGAAACAGGGAAAAGAUUCUUAAUAAUGAACGGUAAAUAUCUCAUUUUUCAUAAUAGUAAAAAGUCCUGCGAGAAUUCGAAGGUCACACCCAGAGGUGCAGAAUCUAACCGUCAGUUUAUACAUUUUCCAGGAAGGAGAAAAGUUUGUAAAAAUUUCCACCGGUUCCAAAUCUUUUCUACUUUUUCCUCCGUACGCGCACAUGGAUGGACUCUGCACCUGUAGUAACCCCUUUUAGAGGAGCACCCGCGGGUCAAUGUUCGAUAACGCAUAAUAGAAAAUUCACGACGCGUAAAUCAGACGAAAGAAGUGCAAUACAUCGGGACAUUUGUCGAAAGCCUUGGCCUUUUAUUCUAAGGAGGGAGAGGGGCACACACGGAAAAUACUACUUUUCCAUAGACGCUAUUUCUAAAACCGUUUUUAUUCAUUAUAAGAAGGAAAUAAUAUUUUUGAAAACCGGAACAACUUAUUCUAAUUUUAAAUGAGUUAUCUUUCAUAAAAAUGUGAGUCUUAUUGGUCAAUUUUUUCGGUCAAACCGUUGACUCCAAAAAAAGUGAAAGAUGGAAAAAGUGAUUGUGCAAUAUUCCCAGCGAAAGAAAGACGGUUUAUUCUGAAGGGGUCUAAGGAAAGUGAUUAUCUUAGAAAUCCAAUCUUAUAAAAGAUUCUAAUACUUUUAUUAUAAGAAUCUUAUGGAAAUUUUCAUUUCAUAGUGGAUAGAAAUGCAUACUGUGGCUAUAAGAUUCCUAUAAAAUUUGAGUGGCGCUAUUUCGAACUCCAGAGGCGCCACCAAGGAACUGUUGCCCUCUUCAGAAGGUGUCGCUGGCGGCUGUUGCUACCUUCGGGCAAAGUAAUACGCUAGAAGAUGGCAAUAGGCAUACUGACACCUGGCGGUGGCAAUUGCUCAUUGGUGAUAGCUCCGAAGGUGGGAAUAGGCAUUCCAUAAAAACUUAUACGACUAUGAUAGUUGAAAAAAAACACGAACGCUUUUUUCGUUGCCUGAAGGUUGAGCGAAAGUGUUGAACAUUUGUUAUAAGGCACUAUAAGAUUAGAAGAUUCUUCCAUUGCCAAUUAUAAGAAUCUUAUAACCACAAUAUGCAUUUCUAUCGACUGUAGCAUAUAAAAUUUUCGUAAUUUUGGUCGCCUAGAGUAUAACUUAUUAACUCUACGCUCUCUACGAAUAUCACUUUAUUUUCCAUUUUUAAUUAGAUUUAGGCUGAGAAAAUUCGAAAAACUAGAAAAAGUUGGAAAAAUCACCCCCACUGGCGGUCUNAUAACUUAUUAACUCUACGCUCUCUACGAAUGGAAACACAUUUCUCCUUUUGAGCAUAGCAUUCUGAACUAUCUAAGUUUGUGUAUUUUGGAGCUCAGAACAGCUUUUAAAUUUAGUUACAAAUAAAAGUUUUUAAGAGAGGCUUUACGAGCCCAUCGAGAAUUCUAGUGGAAUGGUCGAAAUUAAGGUAUAUAUUUUUGGAUUCUGCGAUCAAAAGUGGGGUUAUGAAAACAUUUUUAGCCCGUUUGAACUUAUUUUGACUGAGUUCUGAAUUUUUUUAGUAAAGGGGGUCGAGGAUUUCUAAAAAAGCAGGUGUCGC